AAACUGUGGAUGAAAAGAUGGGGUGUGAUGGGUCGUUAUCCGGGGGUAAAUGUGCGAGCGAACACCACCCCCCCCUCCUCCUCGGGUAUGUGCGUCGUGUUCCGAACCGGGUGGCUGGCGGAGCAAGUGACGGCGUCUUCCCACCCGCAUCAUCUUCGCCACAACUCACCGACAAGCCGACACAACACACCCGCCAUUGGACGCGUUAAGAACGAGUGAUAAUGUCCGCCCCGUGUAUGCGCUCUCACAAUUUCAUCCCUUGAGACGCGUCCGCCUCCUCUCGGCCUCUCCUUCUUCUUCAAUUUAGAUCUGGUGAUAACGAUGAAGUAAGAACAUCUGAAAAGAUUUAUCCUGAAAUCUCACAGACUCAAAUAAGCGGAAAACUUGAAAAGGGAGAACAAUUUGCGCUACCUUCCAGCAACAGGCACGUGGCAGCCCUCGCCCUCGUUUGCGUUUAUCAAAUGCCCAAAAACAGCAAGGCCGUCAAGAGAGAGCUUGACGACGAUGUCACCGAGUCGGCCCGGGACCUGCUUUCCAACGAGGACGCCUGCGACGAUUCCUUCAAGAAGAGCUCGCUGAUCAUCGGCGGCCCGGACGGCGACGGCAAGGAGCGCGAUGUGGAGGAGGGCGGCUCCGACGGCGACGAGGAGGAGGAGGAGGAGGAGCGGCCGGCCUGGAACAGCAAGCUGCAGUACAUCCUGGCCCAGGUGGGCUUCUCCGUAGGCCUCGGCAACGUCUGGAGGUUCCCCUAUCUGUGCCAGAAGAAUGGAGGAGGGGCGUACCUGGUGCCCUACUUGAUCCUGCUGGUGUUGAUUGGCAUCCCGCUAUUUUUCCUUGAGUUGGCCGUGGGUCAGCGCAUUCGUCGGGGCAGCAUCGGCGUGUGGAACUACAUCAGCCCUCGGCUGGGGGGUAUCGGCUUUGCUAGCUGCGUGGUGUGCUUCUUUGUGGCGCUUUACUACAACGUCAUCAUCAGCUGGAGCCUCUUCUACUUCUCGCAGUCCUUCCAGCAACCGCUGCCGUGGCACGAGUGUCCACUGGUCAAGAACGAGAACAGCACAUAUGUGGUCCCUGAGUGCGAGAAGAGCUCGGCCACCACGUACUACUGGUACCGCGAGGCCCUGGAUAUCUCCGACAGCAUCUCGGAUAGCGGAGGGCUCAACUGGAAGAUGACGCUGUGCCUGCUGGCCGCCUGGUCCAUGGUCUGCCUCGCCAUGAUCAAGGGAAUCCAGUCCUCCGGAAAGGUGAUGUACUUCAGCUCGUUGUUCCCGUACGUGGUGCUGAUCUGCUUCCUGGUGCGCUCGCUGAUCCUGGAGGGCUCCAUGGACGGUAUUCGCCACAUGUUCACGCCCAAGCUGGAGAUCAUGCUGGAGGCCAAGGUGUGGCGCGAGGCGGCCACGCAGGUGUUCUUCGCGCUGGGUCUCGGCUUCGGCGGCGUCAUCGCCUUCUCCAGCUACAACAAGCGCAACAACAACUGCCACUUCGACGCCGUGCUGGUGUCCUUCAUCAACUUCUUCACGUCCGUGCUGGCCACCCUGGUGGUGUUCGCCGUGCUGGGCUUCAAGGCCAACAUCAUGAACGGAAGAUGCGUGGCGCUCAACACCAACAAGAUUCCAGGUUUGCUGGGCAACGGCAUCGAGGCCAGCCUGAUCCCCAAACACAUCAACCUCAGUCAGAAGAUGAGCGUGGACGACUACCAUCAGUUGAUUGCCGCCAUCAGAGCCGUCAAGGAGGACAACUUCACCGAACUCGGUCUGGAGUCCUGCAACAUCGAGGACGAGCUCGACAAGGCGGUGCAGGGCACAGGCCUGGCGUUCAUCGCCUUCACGGAGGCCAUGACGCACUUCCCCGCCUCCCCCUUCUGGUCGGUGAUGUUCUUCCUCAUGCUGGUCAACUUGGGCCUGGGCAGCAUGUUCGGCACCAUCGAGGGCAUCCUGACGCCGCUCAUCGACACCUUCAAAGUGCGCAAGGAGCUCCUGACCGUGGGCUGCUGCGUGUUGGCCUUCUUCAUCGGUCUGAUGUUCGUGCAGCGCUCGGGCAACUACUUCGUGACCAUGUUCGACGACUACUCGGCCACGCUGCCGCUGCUCAUCGUGGUCAUCCUGGAGAACUUGGCCAUCGCCUGGUUCUACGGCAUCGACAAGUUCUUUGAGGACCUGAAGGACAUGCUGGGCUUCACGCCGUACCGCUUCUACUACUACAUGUGGAAGUACAUCACGCCCAUCCUGCUGUUGGUGCUGCUGGGCUCCAGCUUCGUCCAGCUCAUCAGAACGCCGCCCAGCUACAGCGCCUGGAUCCAGGAGCAGGCCAAGGAGGAGAAGGUGGCCUUCCCUCCGUGGGGCGUGGCGGUGUGCAUCUCCCUGGUGCUGGUGGCGGUGCUGCCCGUGCCGGUGGUCUUCGCGCUGCGCUACUUCAACGUGAUCAACGACGGCGCCGGCGGCAUCUCGGCCGUGGCCUACAAGAAAGGCCGCAUCAUUAAGGAGAGCGGCGCCCCCGGCGAGGGCGACGACGCCAGCCUCCUCCGGGGCAAGGCGGCGCCGAGCGAGGCGCCCUCGCCCGUGGCCGCCAACGGCAGCUGCCGCAAGCCGAGCGGCGGGGCCCCCGAGGCGGACGCCGCGUCCAACGGCGGCCACGGCGUCGGCUACCCGAUGGCCGACGUGCCGGACAUGCCGGAGUCGGACUUGUAGAGCGUACCUCCUCCUUCCCGUCUUGUCGUCCGUGUGUGUAUCGCAUACUCCUUCCUAGCUGCUUUAUUUCUUAUCAUUUCCUUGUCUGUCGUCUCUGAACCUGAACAUGUUAAAACGAGCGAGCAAGCGGUGGGAAUAGCCACACAGGGCAGUUCAUUAAGUACACCACCAGGGGGCGCUCUGGUGUCAAAUAAAAGCUCGUCCCCUCACUUCCACAUAGUUUUCUUGCCACCAAGAUAACACAAAAUGGCUCCAACCAUAAGUUUUCCCUUCUGUUCAGCACCAAGAUGCCACAAGAGGGUGGCAACUGGGCAAGGCCCAAGUUUUCAACUGUCAUGACAACCCUUUGCAAUCUUCAUGAAUUUAUGUCAUAAAAGCAAAAAUGCAGCCAUAGGGUUGCCCCCCCUGACCGAGAUUAAAUGUAUUACUGACAAACCAGGUAGACCACUGGUGUCAAACUCAAGGCCAGGGGGCCAGAUCUGGCCCGCCGCGGAAGCAAAUCCUGUGUAUAAACGUUCCAUGAUUUUAUUGUUUGUCCCAAAACUUCAAACAAUAGUCAUAAGUGACAACGUUGAGAUAUCGCAAGCAUUUUUGCAUUCUCAAACAAAACAUUUUGAUUUCUGAUUCCAAAACUAGUUCAUAAAUUUCGUGUGUAAACAGGAGGCGGUUAAAGAUUUUUAUGGUUUCAGUCCCCUCUGACGGGAACUAAGUACAAUGUGGGUCGCGACAAAAAUUACUUUGAUUUCUCUCGUUAGCAAGAGACAGACAAUAAUGUCAUGUUGAAGGUCUUGAGUGUUUUCCAGCUUUGUAUUUUGGCACCCUAAGAUUUUGAGAAACUAUAGCCCCACCCACCCCUUUUUAUAUGCUUAAAAUAGGUUCACUUGAGAAUUGCCAUGUUGUUGGCAUCAAAUGCUCGAUGGGGCCACACAUGGCCCACAAGCCUCAGGUUACGCACCCCUAAAAUCAAACCACAAAAAAAUACCCGAGUCAUACGUCACAUGAAAGGUCGGGACGAGUGCAUGCCAGAUAUGCCUUCGGUUCCUCCCAUUUUUACCUCAUGAGGGAACCGAUGGCAGAGGAAAAUGGAAAUCGUAUUGUAAUUCACGAGCAGGUGUACCUAAUGAAGUGUCCGUUGAGCGUGGCCCUUCCCACCGUACGUGCAUAACCCCCUGACCCCCGACCUCUGUCCCCACUCACUCGAUCUUUCGAAUCCCAACUCCUCGCUGCUGAAAGUGUGAGCAAUAAGGUGGACGUGCCACCGAGGCAGUGUUUUGCGCAUACGUCGAAAAAGUCCCACCGUCGUCCCGACGAUGUCAUUUAUGGAAUACGCCACGUUUGUAUAGUUACGGUAUUCUGUAAAUAUAUAAAUAUAUUUAUCUGCCUUAUUUGGAUUAGUGUUUGUAAAGGUUCAGUCAUGAAAUCAUUAUUAACGUCAUUGUUUUCAUUUUUUUUUUUUUUUUUACUAAUGUGUUUGUGAGGGCCGAGUCCUCGUCCUUGUAAAUAAUUUUUAUCCAUGAAAUGGCUUGAAAACAUGCAGCAGAGAAAUGUCUUUCCCCUCCUCGUCUUCUACAUCAAACAUUAAAUAUGAUCCAAAAACAA